AUGUCAUCUCCACCAGAAGUCCCAAAUUCCAAGAAGCCACGAAUGGUACAAGCGAUGUUUCCUCAUCCGAUCGGCAAUUCUGAAUCUGCAAACAGCAUCAUCAGAAACGCCUUCACACACUUCUUGCCCGAUCAUAAGCCGCACAACUCUCCUGAACGCCACAGAACAAUUUACAAGCAUGUCUUGGAGGGGAUGAUUGAAAAGGGACAUUCGCCGUAUCUCAGCCAAUUUGCGGUCAAAAAAUUGGCGGAAUUCGCUGAAGUUAGUCCGAAGAGAAUUACCAACUUGUUCGUCAGUGGGCGACAUGGACUAAAAAACAGAGUGAAGCUUGGUUUUCGCCCGCUCGUUGUUCGAGCGAAACGUUCUGAAGCCGAUUCAAUAGUCAUCGAGCUACUUGAUGAGGGAGUUCAAUUGUACGGAAGUGAUGUUGAAAAGUUGUGGCGUUUCGGAAUUCCUGAUGUGGAGAAGAUUACCAUAGAUGGAAAAGAGAUUGAACCGUUCAUGAAAGUUCUAAUCUACAUGUUCCACAAAUUAACCGCAAUCGAUAAAAAUGCCAUGAUUGGUCGUUCGGAAGCGGUAUUACUGGCGAAAACGUUGCUUUUGAGUAGUCCGGAAAAGGUUAUUGAAUGGUACACCAGAAGGCAAACAGCGGCAAAGAGGAGAGCGAUGGUAUUUGAUGCAAAAAUGAGCAAGGAAGAAGAAGAAAAUGAUGGCCAUGAUGUUGAAGAUUCGGCACCAACAUCUUCUCUUCCCUCGCAUGAAUGGAAUGCGGAGAUUACAGAAGAGGUGGAACUGAGUGAAAGUCAAGUUGAACCUAUCAAUGAGGAGGAAGAUGGCAGUGCAACUGGUUCUAGUGGAUGUGCUUUUGGGGCUCUACCUGACUGGGAGUAUUUGGCCAAGUGCGGAAUCUGUUUCAAUUGA